CUACAACACAUAGAGGAGGAAGGCGGCUCUCCUGACCAGCUGUCCACUGCGGAUUAUGCGAACGAGUAAAUGAGUGAAAAUGGAUUCCAAAGCGAUCAUCUUGUUUACCGCGCUCAUCGGAGUCGUAAUUACUGUGGAACUACCACACGAUUUUAUGAAAAAUACCGAGGAAAAUGAAGAUUCAGAAACGCCCAGAGGCCGUCGCGGUGUUAUUGAAGAAGAAAAGUAUUACAACAUCCACUCUGACAACAGACAAAACAUUAACCAACCCACGCCCUGGAUCCCCGGCCCUUUGCCCCCAUUAGAAGACCCCACAACAAAAAUUUCAAUCACCAAUGACGCUAAAGAUGUGGUUUCUCAUUACCAAACUACUGAGAAAGUUACUGAUAAACCCACUGGGCGGGGAGCAAGGGCAUCCAACGAAAAUUGGGUUAAACUGCCUCUCUCUGGUCACAAUGACCAAAACGACGAUAUCCUAACCCCACCGCAACCUUCUGGAGAGCUCAUUAAUUCCCGAAUGCCUAGAGUCAAUUUUGUCACACAAAACAAGGCUUUAGAGGCAUCAGAGUCGAGGCAUGAUAAGCAAUCCAUAGACCGUUCAUCGAGGACAAAGGAAUUGCGAACAGAAUUCGUAAGACCGGAUGAAGAAGAUCCAGUGAAUUAUAAGCCAGUGUAUCCGCGACAAGCUGUCUAUUACCCGGACGAAUCUAGAAGGCCGUAUUACGACGAUCGCUAUAAUCUACCAGAUGAUUUAUACAGACGGGAUCCGUAUUAUGAUUUAUACGACCAAAGGAGAUACUUCGCUGGUUAUGGACCGAGGGUUGACAGGUACGAUGAGGUUGCUGACAAUUAUGUGCCGAGAAAACCGAAAAGAAUAAUAUAUUAUGCCCAUCUUCCUGAGGUAGUCCGUACCCCGCCGAGCGUGGAUCUGAGGUACAGAUACUCUGUGGAUCCUUACAAACGUUACGAUGAAGAUAUGUAUGCGAGAACUGGUAGGUACGACUAUAGAUUUAGGAAUAGGUACCCGUACGCACCAAUGAGGAAAGAAGAAAGAAAUUAUAGAGACCUCGCCAGUGCUGGAACUGUUAACAAGGACAAGAAAGUAGGUGAGAAAGUUACUCCAAACGCAGUUAUGCCUAAAAAGGAAGAUAAGACGAAAACUGUAUCCGAUAAUAGAGAUGUUAAUAGAAAUAUAAUUAAGAGUCACCAGUAUCAACCCAAUGUCGACACUUACAACCAACCGACGCACAAAGCUUUCCAAGAUGUCGUCAGGUCUGAUAAUGGAUAUUUUCGCUACGAUGAGCCGCUAUUCCAAGGAGCAGUAGAUAAUUAUCAAAGAAAAUAUUAAUGUAGAAAGCUAUACUGACGUUUUUGGCUCGUUUUUCAACAAAAACCAUUUGAAAAAUAGCCUUAAAUGCAAUCAGAAAAGAUUUUAACAAAAUAGUAUUUAUUUAAUGGUAAUCGGGAAGUUUGAAUGCGUGUAUCGACGCUAAUAAACGUUCUAAAUGAU